UCCAAUCGAGUGCUCUGUUUCGGCUUCAUCCGUCUGCUCCCCAUCGACGUUUUCCGGUUUGACUAGUCGAGUCUUCCGGGCAAUGCAUGGCUGAGAGUCGCGGUGGAAGCGGCGCAACGAUUUGAAGGUGGGGAGCGGGAUCUUCAUUAAACAGGUGACACCAGUCAGUCGCCAUGGGCCGUCGCUCCUCCGACAGUGAGGACGACAGUCGCAGCAGGAGGAAGAGAAAACAGCGCCGACGUUCGUCCUCGUCGUCCUCCUCGUCGUCGUCCUCCGGCAGCAGGGUGACCAGCCGGAGUCGGAGGUCCAGUCGUCGGAGCCGAUCUCGCUCCAGGGACAAGGACAGGGACAGGAGGAGAAAACGACGCUCCAGCAGCAGUUCAUCCCACAGCUCAUCUCGCAAGAGGCGGAGUCGCAGUGCAGCGAGAGAAAAAGGGAGGAACCACCGCUCUCACAGGUCACGCAGCCGGGACAAGAGGUCUCAUUCUCGCCACCGAAGGUCUCGCAGUAAGAGUGGCAGCCGCAGCCGGCGGGGAAGCCACAGCCGCAAAAGGAGCCGCAGCAGAGAGCGGGACCGCAGUCGGCGCAAGGGCCGCAACCGGGAGAGGGACAAAGAGAAGGAAAGGGACAAAGGGAGAGACAAGGACAAGAGUAAAGACAAGGCUGACAGAAAGAGGGAAGCCGCGAACAUCAAAGGCAGAUUAGAACAUCUGACUCCAGCAGAGCAGGCCAAAGUUCGAAUGCAUAUGGUCCUGCAGGCCGCAGCCAAGACGGAUGAAGUGCUGAAGGCCAAAGUAGCCAAGAGAGAGGAGGAGGCCCGAAAGAAAUUAGAGGAAGAGGGAACUACUCUGGAGGAGCAAGUGCGAAGGAUAAAGGACAUUGAGGCCAUCGAGAGUGAUUCCUUUGUUCCUCAGGCUUUCAAAUCAUCCAGGGAUGAUAUAAAGACUGAGCCGGCUGAGGUGAAGCAGGAGGAGAGGGCAGAUUCUCAGGACAUCACUCUUCCCCUGUCCAUCGUCUAUGACGACACUGACACGCUCGCCCAUCCCAAUUUGUUCAUGGACAAGGAGAAGGCAGAGGAGCUGUGGCUUAACAGACUGGUCUCGCUACGACAAGAGAGGCUCAUGGGAAGUCCCGUGACCUGAAAGACACUAGGAAAAAAAGCCCAGAAGAUCCUUCCCCACUUCCUGGACACUUUGUAAAUUCACGUCUACACCUCUUUCACUGUGUCAAGUUUACCUUCACCGUGUCUCAACCCCCGUCAUAUUCUGUCUGCCUGGUUCAGGAUAUAAUAUUUCUUACUUCACCCUUCCACUAUUUUCUCUUACCUGUUAUAAAAACCUAUGAAAAGUUAAGAAAAUAAUCAGUUUUUGCUCCUGAUGUGCUUAUUAUUUUUUUUAGUAAUGUUAAUAUGAUUCAUCUGCUGUUCUUCAUUUGGCUUCAUUUAUUUUUGCUGGAGAUCUUUAAGUCAGAUGAAAAAUUGUGUUUUAAUGUGUAGAUGUAGCAUUUGAUAUGUUUUUGUCUUUUCUGAUCGACUCAGUGAAUAAAGCUAACUGAUUUUUUUUGA